AUGCCAGGAACCUCAUUUAGUCACUCGUCAACUGGCGUUGUGGAAAACAAAGGAUGCAUUUUACGCCGUAGUUGCACAUUUUGCCACUUUGCUCCAAUCAGAAAGCUCGUUCAACUGCCAAUCCUCUCCAUUUGUGAGCAUCAAAACCGAGGCGCAGCGAACUGA